UCAAAUUUCACGCUUUUAGCGAGUCGAUUAUUAGACCGACCGAUUGGCGUGACCAGUCUAUAUAUGCACCCGUUGCCCGGAGUACAGCAGUCAGAGCGUGCCUCGAGCUAGUCCUACGGAGCGCAGUGAACGCGAACGCAAGAUUCUAACGACCAGGGCGAGCCGUAUCGAAGCAUGGCAUCCACGAAGCGGAUAGUGAUCCUAGCGGCCGGCGUCUGCCUCGUACUCGCGCUCGUUCAGCCCAGCACCGCGAGCGAUCAGAAGUACUCGGGCCAGUACGACGACCUCGACGUCGAGGCGAUUCUGAAGAACGACGAGGAGCGCGAGCGCUACUACGCCUGCUUCAUGGACACCGGACCCUGUCACACCGAGGCUGCCGUCUUCUUCAAGAGCAAGGCACCCGAGGCUGUGGUGACGUCCUGCAAGUACUGCACGGACAAGCAGAUAGAGAUGUUCGAGAAGAUCGUCAGCUGGUUCGUCGAUAACAAGCCGAAAGAAUGGAACGCUCUGAUCGAAAAGACUAUCAAUGAUGCGAGAGCAAAGGGUAUCCCGAUGCCAUAAACCGAGCGAACGCUGUAUUCGCUGUUGUAAUAUUAAGUACGCUGUAAUGGUCGAUGCUUUAGUAAGUUAAGUCCCUAUUUUGUAAACUUUCUGUCGGCUACCCACAUAUACACUUACACGCUGUAUCAAUUAUAUUAUCAAUAAAUAAGAAAAUUGAACCGCACGACGGUGAUGAUACCCGA